GAAGUAGUGGUCACAAUAAGUCAACUUCCACCAACAUCACUCCAGCCGACAACGCCAAAGCAACACACGCACAAGAAAUCAGCUCGAACGAUAAUGAGACUACACAUGGCAAAUCUACAGAGAUGGGGCUUCUCGAAAACCCCCAGGUCCCGAAUCAUGAGGAGGACUCCCUAGGCAAAAGCCAUGGCACACUAUCGCCACGGCGGUUCUCACUAUGUCCAUCGUCCUCGCGAGCGCUACAACUCGACCGAAGCGUCCACCGAGAGGCACCCACGACAUCAGCAGCGCCAGCGGGUCGCAACCAGACAACGAGGACGACUAUCACCACCUCCACCAUCCAGGUCCUACAGAACAUCGCUCACCAUCUCAUCUCUGCCGAUGUCGCACCAGACUGUUUCGUCCACGCAAAGCGUUUUGUCCACGACAUGCUCCAGGCCGCUGAGGGCCUGGGCACAACCUGCACCGUCAGAGACCUCGUGGACCUCGAG